AGCCUCUUAAGUCUUGCUCCGCGAUUCAAGCCAUUGUUAUUCUAGUCUUAGAAAGACUAGAUCCUUUUCAGGCCGAUUAUGACAAGGAUCCUAGGAUAUCACCCCAGAGAUUAACUCGGCCAUCAUAAACAAAAGCAGGUACUCAUUUCCAAAUCUUCAAAUUCCAAUCAGCAGAUACAUUGGUCGCAUAGGACCCUGAUGUACAUCUGGCCUUUUAUAAUUCCGUACCUGACUUUGCCGUGUGGGGAAUUCAUGGGGUGAUGCUCGUGGUGCCUCGACCGUUCGUUGCAUUGCAUCCGCAGAGAUGGACCUAGUUCUAGGCCGUCGAGAUGAUUGGAGGUGCCAUCCAUACAAUUUAAAUAGCCUUUCUCCAUAUGUAUGGAUGGAGCACGUCGAUCCGCCUUGAUCGAUAGCUUGCCAAUGAGGGCUUCACCGGUGAUGUCUGGACAUUGGCUGGGCGGACUACGCAUAAGUAUUUCGUAGUUGCUUUAAAUAUACAUAUACGUAGCUCGAGUUGCCUCUUUAUUAGAAAUUGUUCGCACUACUUGCUACUUCGUAUUCAACUUCCAGGUCAACUCACUCAACAUGAAGUAUCUCGUAGCCGGACUUCUUUCGCUCGCCGGCGCUGUCUCGGCUGAGGGGCAACUCUGGGGACAAUGUGGCGGCCAAGGCUUUACGGGGCAGACAGCUUGUCCUUCGGGCUCUACUUGUCAGAUCUCGAAUCAAUGGUAUUCACAAUGCGUUCCUGGAACCGACCCAGCGAACAGCGCAUCAAAAGUAACUGCCAGUCCUACUAAAGCUAUUUCUCCCGCAGCAACGGGCUUCGCAAAGACGGACGGUCUGCUCUUCAACAUCGACGGCGAAACUAAGUACUACGCAGGCACAAACAGCUACUGGGUCAGCUUCCUAACCAAUAACGCCGAUGUCGACAAGACGUUCGACCAGCUCAAGUCGGCGGGCCACAAAAUCCUGCGCGUCUGGGGCUUCAACGAUGUCACGUCUCAGCCAGGGUCCGGCACGGUCUACUUCCAAUACCUGUCGGCAAGAGGCUCGACUAUCAACACGGGAGCCAACGGCCUGCAGCGCCUCGACUACGUGGUCUCGGCUGCCGAGAAGCGCGGUAUCAAGUUGAUUAUUAACUUCGUUAACAACUGGGGCGACUAUGGUGGGAUGGCGGCUUACGUAACCGCCUUCGGCGGCUCCCAAAAAACCUGGUACACCAACACCGCCGCGCAGAACCAAUACCGCGCGUACAUCAAAGCAGUCGUAUCGCGAUACGCCAACUCCCCCACGGUAUUCGCCUGGGAACUCGCCAACGAGCCGCGCUGCAACGGCUGCGCGACCAGCGUCCUAACCACCUGGGCCAAGUCGACCUCGGCCUACGUCAAGAGCCUCGACCCCAACCACAUGGUGACGCUGGGCGACGAGGGCUUCGGCCUCGGCGGCGGCGACGGCAGCUACCCCUACCAGUUCGGCGAGGGCCUCGACUUCGCUGCGAACCUUCAGAUCGACACGCUGGACUUUGGCACGUUCCAUUUGUACCCGAGUACCUGGGGCACGCAGAACGAGUGGGGGAACGCGUGGAUCGAGGCCCAUGGCGCGGCUUGUGCGGCCGCGGGGAAGCCUUGCUUGUUUGAGGAGUAUGGAUCCACAACCGACCACUGCGGCGUCGAGGGCAAGUGGCAGAAGACCUCGCUCUCGACCAAGGGUCUUGCGGCAGACUUGUUCUGGCAGCUGGGGACUACGCUGAGCACGGGACAGACGCACAAUGAUGGAUACACUAUUUACACAGGUUCGUCGGAGUGGACUUGCCUCGUUACGAACCACGUCGCUGCUAUUAAAUAGAUGGGAUAUUAUCAUUAGUAUUGGUUAAUUAGCCAGAGACAAAGCAAUAUCAAUACG